ACUCGGACAAGUCACUCAGUAUCGUAUUGCCAUUUGUUAUUUUAUCUGCUCACAGCUCGUACAUUGGUGAGGUAAAGAUUUUAAUUAGUCUAAACUUUCCUCAAUAAUUUAUCUGGAUACUGCUCGUACACUGGUGAGAACACUUUCCUAGUGUGUCACACUCGCUCCACAAUCGACCAAGUAAUCUUCUAAAGUAAGCUGAGAAUCGGACGAUGGCCGUGAUGUUGCAGGCGAUUGGUUUGGUGCUGGUUCUCUGGGUGGGGACUGUGGUCUGUUUUCCCGACGGUGCAAACGUAGACAACUCCUGCUCGGAUAUGGUACCACAGCACGGUGCUCCCGCCAAAACCUCGACACCUCCCUACACGAUAUCGUUCACACCUACGUCAUACACACCUGGCCAACAGGUGACUGUACAUCUGAGAGGAAAUGGUAACACGUUCAAAGGUUUCAUGAUCCAAGCUAAACGGGCAGACGGCUCAUCUAAUGAGCUCUUGGGGUCGUUCACAGCUAUAGCCGGUACUAGACAGGCGUGUAAUGGGCAAGCUCUGAUCCAUACAGAGAGCAGAGACAAGUCCAGUAAAACUUUUAUCUGGUCACCUCCAGCAGAAGAUGUGGGAUAUGUUGUCUUCAGAGCUACGUUUGUGCAGAGUGAGCUCACAUUUUGGACCAAUGUGGCAUCCCGUGCGUUUGUUUCUACAGCCAGUAACCAUUCUACACUAGCCCCGAGUGGUGCCUCAACAGAAGUUCCCCCAGCCCAGAGUUUGGGAACUGUUCCUGCUGAUCCUAAAUGUGAUGGUAAAACUAAAGGAUGUUUCACAUCUUGUACUGGCAACACUUGCAAGUUUAUUGUGAGCUGGAAGGAGGAUGGAACUGAUGUUGUCUACAAUUUUACAGCUGCUGUUGGGUUUUUUGAUGGCUCCUAUGUAGCUCUUGGCUUUUCUAGUGGCUCCAGCAUGGGUGGUGACAGUGUGAUGGGUUGUGCCUUUGGUACAAAUGGUACAGUUGUGUCCUUCACUGCUGAAAAUCUGGGGAAAACUUCUUCUACCUUUGCUGAUGAUAAUGUCAAACUGAUAUCUCAAUCUUAUGACGAUGAUGUCCUGACGUGUUCGACCCGUCGACCUAUAGCUGGUUCAGGAAAACGUUUUGAUGUUAGCCAGAACUGGACCCUGUUGUUUGCCAGGGGUAGAGCCUUUGUGGGUUCACAAGUUAUUUUAACCAACCAUUUAAAUGAAAAAUACAUCUCUAUAGCAGCUGUUACCUCAAAGUAUUCAGAAAAUGUUGAUGCGAAACAACAAAAUAAUGAUAUUUAUAAAUUCCAUGGCUGUUUGAUGGUAGCCUCUUGGUUGAUCUUUUCAAGUAUUGGGAUCAUCACUGCCAGAUUUUACACGCCAGGGAGGAAAAAUACAAUUUUAUCUCUCAAAGUUUGGUUCCUGAUAAUAUCUUCUUGUUUCCUUGCGGUGUGUAUUUUAACUGCCGUUUUCUCCAUUGUUCUGAAAAAAGCAUGGAGCAAUCUAGAAAAUGAGGCAGAGUAUGUGUCAAGCCACCCUAUAAUAGGCGCCAUUGUCAUGAUCCUGACAGUCAUUACUCUAGUCAUGUUCAUGUUUCGUGAUUACAAUGACACACCCAAGCGACCUCUCGUUAACCGGGCCCAUUUCAUUGUGGGAGUAUCUGCUCAUAUAUUGGCUGUGAUCGCCAUUUUCUUUGGUGUGCGUCUUAGAGGUGCUGCCACACCUUACUACACUGUCUAUAUCUUAGGGGCAUAUGUGGCCUGGAUCCUGUUUGUGGAGAUUUUACUGGAGCUGAUCACUUUCUGUGACAAGAGGAUAGUCACGUAUGAAGUCUAUGAAAUGAGUAGCUCAGACAACUCCAAACUCAACCCGCCUGGCACAGAGAUUGAAAAGACCAUCUUAAUCAAGCGCGUCAUUCUUGUAGUCCACUGUGUUGUGGUGGUAUCUUUGGCUGUUGCUGUCAUAGCCAUCAUUGGUGUUGGAGAGGGAUCUGAUUCAUAAGGGGUCAUCUAUUCAUGACAAACACGCACAAAAACCCUUUCUCUUAGAACCCAAAUCCUCCUCUCCCCACCCCCGUCAACAUGUGUCCACUUUAGGGCAGACCCCCACCCCUCUAAGCUAACUUACUUUAAACUUACUCAGUAAAAGAUAUGGUAUGUGAGUGUACAAUCAUUGUAUGCGUAUGUGUGUGUGUGUUUAUGUGUGUAUAUGUAAGCCCUGCUAGGGGGGGAUACCUUAAAAU